GGGUGCAAAGGUACAAUUAAGUCUGCGCAUGCAUUUUCACUGUUAUAUUUAACUCAACCCAUUCUAGCUGCACAUAUACAGUCACCUGUCGCCGUGCAAGGUAUUACAGGACACUGAGUCUCGAAGAAGCACACUUGCUGAACCAGUCACCUCCUGUUGAAAUGGCGCUGAGAGGAAAAGUUGCUAUCAUUACAGGUUCCAGUUCAGGAAUUGGGGCAGGAAUUGCUAUAGCUUUUUCGAAGGAAGGAGCCAAACUGUCCUUGACUGGUAGGAACCAGAAGAAUUUGGAGGAAGUGGUCAAGAACUGCAAGAAGGCGGGCUGUCAGGAUGUUCUCACAAACGUGGGUGACAUCACCCAGGAUGCUGUCAGAAGGACUCUCGUAGAGUCAACCAAGAAGAAGUUCGGGAAAAUAGACAUUCUGGUGAACAAUGCCGGGGUAUCUCUAGGCAUGUUUCCGCUGCAAUCAACUACCAAAGAGCUGUACGACAAAACGAUGGCUGUAAACUUGGAGGCACCUUUGUUUUUGACACAGUUAGCUGCACCGCAUUUGAUUGAAACCAAAGGAAACGUGAUCAAUAUUUCGACCGCCGGUACGGGUACAAUUACGCCGGGUGGCGGUAUCUACGUUAUGUCGAAGGUGGCCCUAGACACAUUUACACGAUACCUUGCUCAAGAAUUGGCUUCAAAGGGGGUGCGUGUCAAUGCAAUCAAUCCGGGCUUUGUACCCACUCCAAUCAUUCAAUCUAUGACAGCUGACAAAGAACAAGCUGCACAGUUGGGGAAAAUUAUGAUAAAAGCGACUCCACUUGGUCGAGCGUGUCCACCAGAAGAAAUGGGUCACAUUGUGGCCUUCCUAGCCUCAGAGAAAGCAGGCUUUGUAACUGGAGAGUGUUUUAGAGCCGAUGGUGGUUUUACAAUGACCACACCAGCCCUUGGAUGAAUAUGUUCAUGGACGCAAGAGGCGUACCUGCCUCGCCAGUAGCAGGUUGUGUAAAGAACAUUCGAAAGUGUAGCAAAUGCAUUCCCCUACUCUUGGCAAGUGAAACUUGGCAAAUCACUUUUAGUAAACAUUACUUAGUUUUUUAAAAUUUAUUUCAAACCAUCGGCUUGAAAAUUCUGAAAUAAUUCUGAAUUAUUACUUUGUUGUUUAACACCACACUUAGCAAUAUGUCAGCAGCGCCCUGUAAGUAAUACAAUCUGAACCAGACAAUCCAGUGAUCAACAUCAUAAGCAUCGAUCUACGCAAUUGGGAUACGAUGGCGUUAAUUGUUACUAUUAUGAAUACAAUGUCUUUGAAUAAAUUCAGCAAGAUUU